AUGGGAACAACCUCCGUGGUCCUGGAAGGCCUCCUGGCGGCGCUCAAGGUGGUUGGCGGGACGCUUGUAGACCACACUUACCUGUUCCUCGGUGCCGGCGAGGCCGUGACUGGCAUUGCCGAGCUCAUUGCUCUCGAGAUGUCAAAACAGACUGGGUCUCCGAUCGAGGAGUGCCGCCCGAAGAUCUGGCUGAUGGACUCCAAGGGCCUGAUCGUGGCGUCGCGGAUAGACUCGCUGUGGGCGUUCAAGAAGCCGUGGGCGCACGAGCACGAGCCCGUGGCGACGUUGCUGGAGGCGGUGCAGUCGCUGAAGCCGACGGUGCUGAUCGGCACCUUGGGCAAGGGCUGCAUGUACACCCCCACCUACCGCAGCUACCGGUAA